AUGCUCGAAGCCCGCACCGUAACCUCCGGCGCCACAGGCCGCAACGGCGGCCACACCAAAGCGGCGUCCUACCGCUCCUUCCUCCACCACGUCUCCGUCCUCGGCCUCGACCAGGCGUGCCUCAUCGCGCGCAUGGAGCUCGCCAACAUCCGCGCCGUGCACGCCUUUGCCGCAGACCUCAAAGACACGGAGAGCAGGCCGUGCCAGACCGUGGACGCCAUCUACGACCCGGAGCAGUGGGAGGCAGCCAAGGUGGCCGUCGACGCGAUGAGGAGGGCCAUGCCGGAUGAGGACACCUCGCGAUACGAGUUCUACGACGCCAAGGAGAUGAAGGGCCGCUUCCACGUCGACGUGGAGGGUUUAUGCGGCGGUGUUGGCUACGAAGCCGGGAGCAUCUCGGCGUACAGGUUCACCACCGGCGUGCUGGAAAUGUGCGUCGCCAAGGGCAUGAAGCUCUUCGCCAACACACCAGCCACGAGCCUCCAGAAACAAGACAUCACGAAAGAUGGGCACCGAUGGACGGUGCAAACACCCAAGGGCACAAUCACAGCAAAGCGAGUUAUCCUCGCAACGAACGGCUACACCGCAUCCCUCCACAAACCCUUCCAGGGCGCCAUCGUGCCGCUGCGCGGCCAAAUCACAGCUCACCGCCCCGGCUCCAACAUGCCCCGCCCCGGCCUCCCGACGACAUACAGCUUCAUCUACGGAGGCGGCUACGAGUACAUGAUCCCCAGACCGUCCUCUUCCCCCUCCCCCUUCGCAGGCGACAUCGUCAUCGGCGGCGGCCUAGCCCGUCUGCCCGACGAGGGCCUCGAGGAGUACGGCGUCACGGACGACGCGCGGCUGAACCCGGCCGUCAGCGCAUACCUGCACGACACGACGCCGCGCUACUUUGGCGCAGCCAGCUGGGGCGCAGACGACCCCGAGGGCAGGGCGCGAGCCGAGUGGACGGGUAUCAUGGGCUUCACCCCCGACGGGUUCCCCUUCGUUGGGCGGGUGCCGGGCGAGGACGGGCUGUGGGUGUGCGCGGCGUUCCAGGGCCAUGGGAUGGUGAUGUGCUGGAUGUGCGCGAAGGCGCUGGCCUUGAUGGUCCAGGGCAACGCCGACGAUGAUGACGACCUCGCGAGUUGGUUUCCCGCGGCGUUCAGAAUCACGCCGGAAAGGCUGGCGGAGCGGUUCCAGGGGAGACCUUCUCACACGACGAAGACAGCAAUGGCGGCGGAGCAGCCCGCUAUGCCCAGAGGCCAUGAGUGA